GGUACCUUUUAAAAAGGUCCUUAUAUGUACCAUUUUGGUACAGAUACCUUGAGGUACCAGUAUGUACCUCUAACGUAUAAAUGUGUAACUUUUAGUUACAAAAGUGUACUUUUUGGAAAGGUACCGCCCCAGUGAAAACUUUUGUAACUUUUUGUACCUUUUUUUCUGAGAAUGUUGAAAUAUUGGCCUGGAUUUUGGCAGCCGUACAUGCUGAUAAACAAAACACAGCACAUUUUGAUAAGGCAAGUUUUGUUCAAUUCUAUUGGACAAUAAUUACAAAUAUUUUAGUCUCCCACAAUAUUCUGAAGUUCAUUUGACCAUCUUGACUAAUAUAUAUUUAUAAUAGCCUAUAACGUAAACAACAAUUACACAACAACAUAGAAAAACUUUUUUUACCUAAAUCUCUACACAUUUUGGGUUUUAACUUUUAAGUUAUUUCUAAUUAUAUAUUUUGUUAGUAAAUAUUUUUAAAGAUACAUUCACAUGUGAAGUACUUUGCACAAUAAAAAAAAUACAUCAUGUAGAUUCAUAAAAAUUGAACUUUUUUAUUUUUCAAAGAUAAGUACUUUUUAUUUUUAAAAUAACAUUAUGCAAUACAUUCCAAACAAACAGGUGUUUUGGCUAUUUGCCUGUUACAGUGAACCUUUGAAUAACAAAAAUGAUCAGACCGGGUUUAGACUAGGCCUUAGUUAUUUAGGGACAUUCCACUUUUUAAAAAAAUAUGCUCAUAGUUACAUCGUGUACUAAGACCGACAGAAAAUAAAAAGUUGCCUAAAAUCAUCGGUCUUAGUACACGAUGUAACUACAGAAGAGUCAAGUUUUAAAUAGGAACAAUAUCAAAACUCUUUGGUUAUUUUCUAGCGCGAUGCUAAUGGUCUAAUCAGAUUCAAUGGAUUGUGCUAAGCUAUGCUAAAAGUGGAACCACCAGACCCGGAAAUCAGUUGAAUGGUUUUCAAAAACGGUAAGAUUCAAAUGUUUAACUCUAGGGGAGCUGGAAAAUGAGCAUAUUUUCAAAAAAAGUGGAGUGUCCCUUUAAGUAGUUAAAUAUACUUUACAAAGAAGAACAUUACUGGUGUGCAUCCUGAGACAAAACAAUGACACUGAUACAUUUUAAGUCCUAUAAAUGAAAUGUUCUGUACAUUCAGUUUUCAGUAGCAGUCAUUACCUAUGUAACAUAAGCAAGGAUUAAGUUAAAUGUGUGUUUGGUUUGUUGCAGUGUGUACGGCCUUACAAUCUAAUCUUAAACAGCAUAAUCGCUAUGGUAACGGCAGAUUUGGACAGUGCCCAAUACGGUUCACAUACCCAUUAUGCUCUGAUGAUGAGAUGGAGGAUAAAUGUCCAUCAGGUUGUCGACUGGAGGGUCUUGUAGAUGCGGCAAAUGAAAACAUUCAUAAACGUGUAAAAAAUAUUUGCAAAAGGAUUCAGCAAAAUGAGGCCGUGUCUUCCUUGGUAAUGCAAGAAACUGUCCAGUUCUAUGGGUCACGAAGAAAAAAGUACAUCCAAACAUACAUGCAAGAGCUCAGAUAUGCUGAGUUUGCUGAAGCCCUUCAGAGAAAUCUAACAUUUCUUCAGAAGAGAUCUGCAGAGCUAACAAAAGCAUUACAAAAGCACCAUCACCUGAUCUGGGAUCAGAUAAAUGAAAUGCGUCGACUUGAGGUGGACAUUGACAUCAAAAUCCGUACGUGCAAGGGAUCAUGCAAGCAAACCUUUGAUCAUGCUGUCGAUAACGAAGCCUUCGAAUCGAUGGAGAGCAAAAUGUACGAAUUCAGCCUCAUGUCUAAACGACAAAAAUCAGUCUCUAUAAACAAAUUAAAACUCAAGUCUGUUGAUCAUCCCAGCGUCUCGAAAUCUUACAGAAAAAUCCCUAUCGUCCGUACUGAACUCCUAACCAUGUUUGAAGACAUUGAUAAACACCAGGUUGUUCUGGAAGAUUUUCUAGAGGAAAAAUAAUGGUAUUUAUGUCUGUAUCAGUCAAAUGUGUGGUUUAAAUAUGUUUGGAAACUCUGUUGCAAUACUGAGAAAUGACUGCACCUCAUUUCUCAUCACUUAUUUUGUUGUCUAUUUAAUACAUAUACGUAGGCCUAUUUAUAUGACUCGGUGUGAUGUAUUUUGUGCCAAUAUCAUGUUUACAGUUUUUUAUUAUUUAUGCUUCUAACUUGUGUUAGACAUUUUCAGGAAUUACAGGUCAAACUGCCAAACAAUAAAUACCUCAAA